UACUACCUAGUAUACAUGUUUCGUAAGAUGUUGAAGUAGUAGGACAAUGGGGGCUAAGGUUUAAAAGGAUUUUAGAGAUGAGAUGAGGGUUUUGCUAUGGUCCAUUCAUGACGCCAAAAUCUUUACCCACAUUUGAUAUCGACAUGGCCUCUCGUCUGAUGAAUACACCAUCCAUUUUCCUUCAUUCUGCAUCUCCUGCUAUUUCUCUUUCUCAUUUCCCUGUUCGGCGGGGUCUCUGUCAUUCCGUAGCCAUGUCCUCUUCUUCACUCACGCUUUCAUUAGCUGUCCCCACUCAUUGCAUGCCCGUGGAAUUGAGAUGGAAGCGCUCCAGCGUUGCAUUUCGUCCUUUGGCGAGAUUCGAACCUCGGCUCUACUCGACGCUAGGACUGUUCGAAUUGAUAAAGAGAGAGGUCAAAGCCAUGCAAUUGAACGCAAACCGUGUUCGUUCUACUCCCAGGAACGUGUUGUCUAGCAAAGAGGAGGUUUUACUCAACACAGAGAUCAAAAAACAUGAUUUAGAGAAAGGAAUUUUGUUGGAGUUUCAGAAGGAUUCCAACAAGACACUUUUGGCAGUUGUACAAAAGCCAGAUGGGAAGAAAAAUUGGAUGGUUUCUGAUCAGAAUGGAGUAACUUUUUCCAUAAAGCCACAACAGAUUAAAUAUAUCAUUCCAGGCACCAAAGACUUCGAGCCUGCAGAUAUUGCUGAUUUUCUUCACAGAGCUAAACAUCUUUUGGACCCUUCACUUCUAGAGUGUGCGUGGGAAGAACUCUUGGAAAACGAACAAAUAGUCAAUGCAGAAGGAUUAGCAGAGAUAAUCUAUGGUAAAACCGACCCUUUGGAAAGCUACUGUGCUCAUGUCUUGUUAUCACAAGAUGAAGUUCAUUUCAAGGUUCGGGAGUCGAAAGGUUAUUCUUCUGUAUAUGAACCACGAUCUUUAUCACAGGUGGACGAACUUAGCCAAAGAAAAGAAGCCAAAGAGUCUUAUCAGAGAGAAUUGGAGGCCUUUAUAUGUGUUCUGAAAUCUGCCAAAGAACAACCUAUUCAUGCCAAACCUUCAAAAUACUCUUGGCAGGCAGAUGAUAAAAUUCAACAUCGAAUAGAAGCUCUUGAAGCUUUUGCUUUGGAUGCUUGCAAAUCUGAUGAGCAAAAGAGAACUGCUACUGAGGUAUUGAAGGCUUUGGGGAUUCCAAGGUUCUCAUCUUCUGCGGUAGACCUAUUGAUAAACAUUGGUUACUUUCCUGUCCAUGUCAAUCUCGAGCUUUUGAAAUUUGAAAUCCCUACAAAACAUUCAGAUGAAGUUCUUUCUCUAGUCAGUGAUAUCCUGGAGCAUUCUCUUCCUGAUCAAGAUGAGCACUUUCGGAAGGAUCUUACAUAUUUGAAAGUUUAUGCAAUUGAUGUAGAUGAAGCUGAUGAGCUAGAUGAUGCACUGAGUGCAGAAAAGCUACCAGAUGGCCGCAUAAAAGUUUGGAUACAUGUUGCUGAUGCAACACGUUGGGUGGAUCACAAUAGUAUAUUAAUCAAAGAGGCAAAGUCCAGAGCAACAUCUGUUUUCUUACCUACAGAAACCAUUCCCAUGUUUCCCUUAAAACUUGCUAUGGAAAAGAUGAGCCUCAAACAGGGCAUUGUUUGUAAUACAGUUAGCAUAUCAGUUGUUCUGAAUGAGGAUGGAAGUAUUGCAGAACAUAACAUAGAGGUCGCUACAAUUAGACCUACAUAUAUGAUGACUUAUGAUGAAGCAUCAGAGUUACUUUUCUUGGGCAUUGAAGAGGAACCAGAAUUGGGAUUGCUUUCUGAAGCUGCUGUUCUCCGUUUGAAAUGGCGACUUAAACAGGGAGCUAUUGAUACACCAAUGAUAGAUGCACGAGUCAAAGUUCCCAAUCCAGAUGAUCCAGAGCCUAUUAUCAACUUAUACCUUCAUGAUCCAACAAGUCCGGCAAUGAGACUUGUUUCAGAAAUGAUGAUAAUGUGUGGGGAGGCUAUUGCAAAAUUUGGGGGAGAGCAUGGCAUUCCUCUUCCUUAUAGAGGACAGUCGCAAUCUAGUCUAGCUGCUGCUUCCUUAUCCUAUCUACCAGAGGGACCUGCACGAAGCUCAGCUUAUGUUAGGUCAAUGCGUCGAGUGGAAAUGGACUUCAGGAGGCCUAUUCCUCAUGGAAGUUUGCGUGUCCCUGGAUAUGUACAGUUCACAUCACCAAUUCGACGCUAUGUUGAUCUUCUUGCUCACUAUCAGGUGAAGGCUCAUUUGAGAGGAGAAAUGCCCCCCUUCACAAGUACUCAGUUGGAGGGAAUUAUGCCUACGAUUAAUAUGCAAGUACGAAUUUCUAGGAGGAUAUGUAACAAUAGUGUUCGUUAUUGGAUUUUGGAGUACCUCCGAAGGCAACCUAAGGGGAAGGAAUUUCGUGCUUUGAUUCUUAGAUUUGUGAAAGAUAAAAUUGCAACAUUACUUCUUCUGGAGGUAGGAAUUCAAGGGUCUGUGGAGGUCUAUUCAGGGGCUCAAGUUGGAGAUGAAAUAAUGAUAUGCGUGCUUGAGGCUCAUCCUCGAAAGGACACAUUGUCCUUUGAGGAAGUAAACACAUUAUGACUCUUGUCCAUCUAUGCAUACCCUGUACUCUCAACUUCUUAAUAUGAAAGUGCUCUGUAAUUCUUAUAAUACAUCCAACUUCAGGUGUCAAUGCAUCUCCAAUCCUUAAUGUUCUAGAUAUUUCUCUAAUCUGGAUAUAUUUCAGUCAUUAAAUUCCAGGAUUCAUGUGAUCAAGAUUUAAGGAGAGUUUGGUGGUACUUGGGCAUCCUCAAGUUUUCUCCUGUUCAAAUUUCAUGAGUGCAUUCAUGGUUGAGUUUCUCCCAGAGUCAAAGACUACUGUUCCAAGUUCAACUUUGAAAAGUUUGCAGCUUUGAUUAGUUGGAUUGAUACGAAGCCUUACAAUUUCCCUUCGCACAUUACACAAAGCAGAGGGUUGAGGUUACUAAUGGAAAGCAUCUGCAUGUCUGAAGAUAGAAACAAGCUGUGGCAUACACUGACAAAAUUUGGUGUUUGAAGAAUUUUUAUAUUGAAAUCUUAUGAACUCCUACCCCAUCACCUUCUGUUACCUUCCAAUGAGUUAGAUCGUGCAUGAUCUUCUAAACUGGAUCUUGAUCUGGCAGUCAAGAUUGAAGCUUCUUGCAUUGGUGGGUAGAUUUAGCAUCUGUCUUGUACCAAAGAUGGAAUAUGCUGAUUCUGGUAUAUCUUGAGCAUGUCAUUAUGCUAGAAGAUUUUCUAUACCAGAUGGCCCCUUUCUCUUGGCCUUGGUGGCUUCUUUCACAAUAUUGAUUUGUAUUUUAUGUUUUUUUUUGUAAAUACUGGCUCAUUGGAGGUUUACUUAUUUGGUUGUACUUCACAUCAUUGAUGAACAUUAAUAUAAUAUACAUAUAUUUUUUUAAAGUGAAAUAAAGAAAACCAAUUCAUCUUU